GAUUGUGAAACUUUCCUGUUGAAUAGGUGUUGAAACGAAGAGAGCACCCUUUAAAAUGCCUUGAAGUUCUCUGGCGCGCACAGGUGGUGGCACUAGUUUUGGUUUCUCUCUGUGACUAUUAAGUACUCCUUCGUUGAAACCAUUCUCACUACAUUCUUGAUUUCUGUCAACAUCCAACGACCCUCUAAAACUCUUUUCUUGAUCUAGUAAGAGUCUACAAAAUGGCACGCAACGAUCCUAAUCCAUUUGCUGAUGAAGAGACCAAUCCUUUUGCGGAUAAUAAAAGUGUUCCUCCUGCAAGCAACUCCUAUCUCAAGCCGCUUCCACCUGAACCUCAUGAUCGUGGUUCAACCGUCGAUAUCCCUUUGGAUUCCAGCCAGGAUCUUCGAGCUAAAGAGAUGGAACUUCAGGCUAAGGAGAACGAACUGAAACGGAAAGAGCAGGAGCUUAAAAGAAGAGAAGAUGCAAUAGCUCGAACUGGAAUUGUCAUUGAGGAGAAGAACUGGCCGGACUUUUUCCCUCUAAUUCAUCAUGACAUUACUAACGAGAUUCCUAUUCAUUUACAAAAGAUCCAAUAUGUUGCAUUCGCCACAUUGUUAGGGUUGAUAGCAUGCCUCUUGUGGAAUAUUGUGGCAGUAACUGUAGCUUGGAUUAACGGAGGAGGUCCCACUAUAUGGCUUCUCUCAAUCAUCUACUUCAUUUCUGGUGUCCCUGGGGCUUACGUCUUAUGGUAUCGUCCUCUUUACCGAGCUACCAGAACUGAUAGUGCCCUGAAGUUUGGAACAUUUUUCUUGUUUUACUUGUUUCACAUUGCGUUCUGCGGCUUUGCUGCAGUUGCUCCACCAGUCAUCUUUCGAGGAAAGUCCCUCACAGGUUUCUUGCCAGCACUCGAGUUUCUAACUACUAAUGUUGUGGUCGGGAUAUUGUAUUUUAUUGGAGCGGGCUUCUUCUGCAUAGAAACACUUCUCAAUAUAUGGGUGAUUCAGCAAGUAUAUGCAUACUUCCGAGGGAGUGGCAAAGCUGCACAGAUGAAGCGUGAAGCUACAAACUCCAUGGUGCGUGCACUAUAAAGCCAACACUCAAUUCACUGGAAAAAGAUAUAUCAACGGUUGACUUGAGAUGAAAUAUUGAACUCUCCACACAACAUUUGACACAAACCCCCCCCUCACUUUGCAAAGUCUAGCCUCACAAUUUUUUUCUUGUUUGAAUUACUUUGUAAAGACUAAAUCAAGUACCUUAAGCCCAAAACUGUGUGGGUUUAAUUGUCAAAAACCAUUUCUUCAUGAAUGAUAAAAGC